CCGCGCCCGGCCCGGCCGCCCGCUUGCCUCGGAGACAGCCUCGGGCCUGAGCGAGCAGCCCGAGCCCUGCGCCAUGCCGCGGGAGAGGAGGGAGAGGGAUGCGAAGGACCGGGGCGCCAUGAAAGAGGAAGGUGGCACGGAUUUCUCCGUCCGCUCCAGGAAAAGGAAGGCGAACGUGGCCGUUUUUUUGCAGGACCCAGAUGAGGAAAUUGCCAAAAUCGACAGGACCGUGCGAGGCCCCUGCGGAGCUGCUCAGCCGUGGGACGGUGACGCGGUCUGUGCAAACCCCUGCUCCCUGAUCCCCACGCCGGACAAAGAAGAGGACGAGCCGGUGUACCCGAAUUCCGCAUGCAAGCCCCAGAGCUUCACGCCCUCCAGGGCCUCGCCGCUGCCUAUCCUGAACUGGGCGAACAGAGAGGAAGUUUGGAGAAUCAUGCUAAACAAGGAAAAGACGUACUUGCGGGACCAGCACUUUUUGCAGCGGCACCCUCUCCUGCAGCCUCGGAUGCGGGCGAUCCUCCUGGACUGGCUGAUGGAGGUGUGUGAAGUCUAUAAACUUCACAGGGAGACAUUUUACUUGGCACAGGAUUUCUUUGAUCGGUAUAUGGCAACACAAGAAAACGUUGUAAAAACACUUCUACAGCUUAUUGGGAUUUCAUCUUUAUUUAUUGCAGCCAAACUUGAGGAAAUCUAUCCUCCGAAGUUGCACCAGUUUGCUUACGUCACAGAUGGGGCUUGUUCGGGAGAUGAAAUUCUCACCAUGGAAUUGAUGAUCAUGAAGGCUCUUAAGUGGCGCCUGAGCCCCCUGACCAUCGUGUCCUGGCUGAACGUGUACAUGCAGGUCGCGUAUCUGAGCGACGUCUACCAGGUGCUGCUGCCGCAGUACCCCCAGCAGAUCUUCAUACAGAUCGCGGAGCUCUUGGAUCUCUGCGUCCUGGAUGUCGACUGCUUAGAGUUCCCCUACGGUGUCCUCGCUGCUUCCGCCUUGUAUCACUUCUCCUCGUCCGAGCUGAUGCAGAAGGUCUCAGGGUACCAGUGGUGCGACAUCGAGACCUGCGUCAAGUGGAUGGUCCCUUUCGCCAUGGCGAUCAGGGAGACGGGGAGCUCGAAACUGAAGCACUUCAGGGGGGUUCCUGCCGACGACGCCCACAACAUACAGACCCACAGGGGCAGCUUGGACUUGCUGGACAAAGCCCAAGCAAAGAAAGCCAUACUGUCUGAACAGAAUAGGGUUUCUCCCCUCCCCACCGGGGUCCUCACCCCCCCGCCGAGCAGCGAGAAGCAGAGCAGUGGGCAGGGGACGGCGUGACGCCCGCGCUCCCCACCAAAGACAGCCGUGCGCAAGUGCCUGCCCCGGUCGCUCCUGCCCGCCGCGGCGGGGGCGAGCGUUAGCUUUCACGGAUAUUUAAAUGGAGGGGCGUCUCUUCCACAGCAGAGUAUUUCUGUGGAUGGCAUUGGACAGGGAGAAGUGUUUUUUAUUGAAUGCUCAGAUUUUUUUUUAAUAAGUGGGUCAAGUACACCAGCCACCUCCAGAACACAACGAGUGCUCCAGAUGCUGCUAAGGAGGGUGAUACUUGACUUGACUGACUGUCCACACACAGGCUGACGCGAGGGUGCCGCUGUCCCUCAGGUGUUCUGGCUCGCGGUGCUAAGUGGGACCGGUGGCCGGCUGCGCACGCAGGGCCCACGGCCAGCGGGCGGGGCCUGCCCCUUCCACACUCUCAGUUGACAACCUACGAUGCCUUUUAUGAACUGUUGCAAGUGCUGCUAUGUCUGUCCGUUUUUUAAUAAAGAUAAUACUGUCUUUGAGACAGCUGGUUUUACGAGCUAUGUCUGGUACCUUAAGUUAGAAGUCAGCUUUCAGCGUGGCCGUACUGAGUUCUCCGUUUUGGCUUCGUGCUUCUUGACGCUAAAGUCUUUUCAAGCAAAAACACUUAAAGGAAAACUUCCAGCGUGAGGCUGUGGGCCUCCCGAGAACCCCAACCUGGCAGAGGGUCUGAUGGGCAAGUCCCUCCACGGUGGCCAUCGGUGGCAGGAGUGAGACCACUGCCACGUGUGAGAGGACUUUUACAAUUUCUUCCCUAGCCCUGUUAAAGGCCAUCCAGAAUCUAUAAUUGGUGCUAUUUAAUGCUCUUUUCAUCCUCACCCAAAUCUUAAAAGAAUAAAUGAAUUUUUUGUUU